AUGUAUACAGAUUUUUCCGGAUAUGAGCACUUAGCAGAAAAGGAGUUAAAUCAUCGAAGUAUAAGUGUUGCAGAAUGUAGAGAAUGGAUUGCAAAUAAGAAAUGUGAAUAUGGAAGUUUAGGGAAAGGUAAAGAAGGAAUAUAUAGUACAAAUAAUAAAGUGAAUGAAGAUUAUCCAAAUCGAUUUACUAGUUUCUUUACAAGCAAAAGAUAUUACAAAGAGAAUUGUGUAAUUAUGGAAACUAAAGUAUAUUCACACUUCAAUCAAAGUAGACCAUCUAAUGUUCUCUCCGACUUAAGUAAUUGUAAAUAUCAGGAUGGUUAUUGUCAACCUGGGAAGAUGAAUGAAAUUAUUAUUUGGGAUGUCAAUAAAGAUCAGAAGUGUCAAUAUAUUUCAAUUGGUAAAUUAGAUGGAAUCAUGAAUAAUGGUCUUCGGAUUAAUAGUCAAAAUCAAAUUGCUUUAAGUCUCAAUAAGAGUAAAAUAAUCAGAGAUUGUAAUCUUAAUCUCUUAAUUAGUGAAGAAGGUUUUGCAGUCAAGGAAAUUCAAAAACUUCCUACUCCACAAGCCCUAACAUCAACUCCUAGUCUUCAAGAAAUGAGUAUUAAUCCUCAGAAAUUUCAAAAAGAAAUAGAAGAAAAUUAUAAAAGACAACAAGAACAAAUCCAAAAGGAUCGAGAACUUUGUGAGAAACUCCAAACGGAAAAAGACAAAGAAGUAAGAGAUAAAUACGAAGCUGAUCGUAAAGAAUUUGAGAAGAGAAGAGAAGAAAAAAUGAAGCAAUAUCUAGAGUUCGAAAAGAGAAAGAAGGAAAAAAUGGAAAGACAAGGAUUAUUGAAUACUACUACUUCUGUGAAUUCGAAUACUACCAAUAGGAUCAAAAAAUCUACAAAGCGGAAGCAAAGCUUCCUAGAAGCAAAUCAAAGUUUAGAAGACACUUCUAGGCCGUUUCCAUUACCUACUUAUGAAGAAUACUCAAAGAUUAAAAAUGAUUGUUUACUGCUUCGAAGUUAUGCUGAUUACCUAAGAAUCAAAUAUUUUACAAUGAGAUUCUUCAAUUCUGAUUUCAAAGAAACAUCAAGUUCCGAAAGGAGUUUCAUUAUUAUAACUCCAAAAGAGAAAGAUAAAAUACAACUAGUUGACAAUCUAGAUGAAGAAAAAAUAGAAAACAAUAAAAAAGUAAGUGAAGGAGCAAGUAUUACUCAAAAAUCGUUGAAUACUAAUAGAACCGAAGGUUUGAAUAAAAAGAAUGCAGCAUUUCUUAGAGCUCUAAAACGUGGAUCUGGUUUUAAAAGGAUUUGA